AGGGGUAUUUUCCUUGGUGCUCCCGUGUUCCUAAUCUUUUUUUAACAAAGACCUUUUAUUUUCUUUAAAAGCAGUGGCCAUUCUGAUGAUAUUUCUGCCUUCUUUAAGGCUGGGACUUAUGGUGGGCUAGGUGGGAAUCGCACUUUGGCAAGGUACAGGCUUCUUUGGGGAUGUUUAGGGCCGGAUCACAAAAGGUGGGACAAGAGAGCUGCAGGUCAAUGAGAGAAGAGCAAGUGUAGUCAAAUCGAGGGGCAAGGGCCUGAAGAAGGCCAGUGUGACCAGGGCCACCGGCAUGGAAACCACCAGGCCCCUGGGGCCACGGGCGGCCAUGCCCAGCAGGCCUUUGUGACCCACGGGGACCUCGUGCCCAGAGACCAUUGUGAAGUGGGUCCAUGUUGUGACGUUUUGGGCUACCUCACCCUGCAGUGGCCACUCCCAGGAGAGCAGCUCUCUGAGGAGGCAGCAGCUUCUCUGGAGGCAGCAGCUCCCCUGAGUGUUUCUGGCAAGGAACACUGAAGAUGUGGAAGCAGCAGGAGGCAAAUGCCCACGGGCGGCCCUGUCAGGGGCAGCCACUGCUGUACAAACGGCAUGGGCCAGCAGCAGGGCAGGGCCAUGGCCUGCCACCCGUGCAAGCCGCACGUGGUGCGCUGCUCUGCGCUGCGACCCAGACAUCUUGGAAGCACCUGGAGCGCUCUGAGGAGCUCAUCAAGGUGCAGUUAGGGCAUGGGGACACUACUUGCAGUGACCUCUUUAAAGAUCUGGGCCCAUAUCUGCGGGAGAACAGGUCCACCUUGAGAACUCCCAAGUGGUUAAGUGCCCGCCAGGAGUCGCAGGGAAUUCGUUGGCCAGCCAAGCAAACUGCGAGGUGCAAGCGGCCGUGCCCGGGGGAUGAGGCGGCUUUGGUGCGUCGUUUGCGUAAAAAGAGGGAGGAGCUGGAGCAGCUGGAAGACAAAGUGUAUGAAGAGAUGUUUAGAGCCAUCUUCUCCUCCCUGGACAACAAAGAAAACACCACGAGCUCCAGGAGCAACCUCACAGAUCCACCAAGCCCCGUCCUGGAGCCUGCUGCAGGCCAUUUGGAGAGGCACAGUGCAGCCUGCAUGACCAAAGAUGCCGCAGGAGAGACACAGCACUCGGAGCCUGUGUCCCUUGACCAGUUGUUGGCCGAGCUGAGCCCUGUCUCUCAUGACUCGCUGUCCUGCGACACUCUUGUAAAGGAGCUCCUGGAAAACUGGGAGCAAGAGGAGCUCCCUGACACAGAAGCAGCAGGACAGAGGGACAGAGAGCCAGAGAGUGCCUUGUUUCUCCCACGGCAAGAGAAAGAAGGAGGUGUCCUCAGGGACGCCUCAAGUCUCACACUGGAACUUGUUGCAGGCUCCCAGGGCCUGCACAGCAUUUCGGGCUUGACCAAGGCCUCAGCAGGAGAGACAGACACAGAGACGGCACCUCCUGACCGGCUGGCAGAACUGUGCUCUGCGUCUGCUGAUGAACCAUCCUGCGAUGCUUUUCUAAACAAGCUCCUGGAAAAGUGGGAGGAAGGAAAGCUCCUUGGCAGAGCAGCAGCAGGAGAGAGGGACAGCGAGGCAGAGAGCCCGUUGUCUCACACACCAGAAGAAGAAGAAGAAGACGAAGAGGCAGCACCUUCUUCUGAGGAGAGCGAUCCCUGCGGCAAGGGGCACAGCGAGCUUCUCCCCAGGGUGCUGCCCGAAGAGGCAAAGGGGUUUGCGGUUUGCGCCGCGCCUGCCGAUGCCGCGGACGAGGCCGACGCGGCAGGCACGGAGGCUGGCCGCGCCCAGGCCGCCCCUGCCCAGGAAAAGCCCUGCGGGGAUGAGCCGCCGGCAGGAGCUUGCCCGACGCCUGCCCAGCCCCUGGCCCGCAGCGUUCCUGCCUGCCCCGCUGGCAGCGCAGCCGUCCCGCAGCCCCCGGCCCCACGGCGAUGGCGCUCCAUGGCCAAGAGGGCCCGGCGGGCUCUGCGCCGCCUUUUCUCCUGCAGCUGCCUCAGGGGGCAGCCGGAGGAGUGAGCCCGGGACCAGCACCAGGGCGUUCAGCAAAGAUGCCGGCUCGCCCUGAGGAUGCCCAGCUCCCCGGGGCAGCGGCAGGUCCCUGAGGUAACGGCACCAGGGAGGUGAAAAGACUGGAUGCACCGAUGGGUGAAUGAUGCUCAAGGCAACCCACUUGCCAAAGAUAGGAAAAUGCCUCCCUGGAUACCAGCAACAACACAGCCUGGAGAAAGGUGUUAACACUGGAUGAGCGACCCGGGGUCCUCACGUCGAGAGGAACCACCGGGACCCCAGUGCAGAGAAGCACAGAGUGAGGGAAGACCAAUGGGACGCUGCUGGAGCCAAGCUUCUUGGCCUGUUGUCUGUUCAAUCUCUUCCUCACCUCACCCCAGCCUUGCUCUUCCCCAUACCUCACCCCCCUCAACUUUUCUCCAGCCCACCACAUCCCACCCCAGAUCUUGCCAUGACCAGCCCCUCUAUUUGCACCCCAACCACCCUGCAGUUCCCCCUCUUUCCUUCUCACCCUCCUCUUUCCUAUCCCUUUCUGUACCCCACAUUGGCAGUGAAAUAAAUCUCUGUUGUUGAUUUGGA